UAGUGGAGAGAAGAGAAUAAGAUAUUCGUCCACCCGUCCACUGUUGCCAUUACCGCACCGCUUUCUCUUCGUCUCCCAAGCUUUUCAGUUCUUGUCAAGGUUGAAGCUUCUGAGAGUUCGUUCUCGGAGAUCAUUCUGCGGUGCUAAAGGAGAAGUUUUCUCAUCAACUCCGGUUUCAAGAAAUCGUUUCGUUAUUUCAUUAUUUAUUGUCGUAGCAGUAGUAAUGUUUGUCUAGGGUUUUUUAUUUUCUUUUGAACGAGAAAAAGAAUUGCAGAAAAAAGAAAAAAAGAAAAAAAGAAAAGAAAAAAAGAAAAGAAAAAAAGAAAAGAAAUAUAGUGAGUGUAUCUCUGCAUGUUGGUCAAGGGUUUUAUAUUAAGAAUGAGAAUCGCCUGUAAUUUUUGUUUCUUUGUUCUGUAUCUAUUUAUUUAGGUGAUCUAGGUUUCUUUUCAUUUCUGUCUGAAUCCUUUGUACCACGAACUGAAUGAAUAUUAGAACAAUCGGCACUGAAGGAUCCGUCGAGAUUAUGUCUUUUUUUUUGUUUCUUUAAUUUCUGGUUUGUGAAUGAUGUUUCAAUCUUAGAAUCCCUUGUUCUGGGAUCUAAGAGGGAAAACUGUAUAAUUUAGUGCGAUAUACAUAACAUAAUCUCAGUGAUAAAAGAAAAAAGAAUUAAAAAAAGAAACAAAAAAAAAAAAAAGAAAAAAUUUAAACAGAAUUUAUAUAAAUGGCGAACCCUGGAGUAACUAAUGUGCAGCAGCUCGGUAUUACAGAGCCGAUUUCAUUGGCCGGGCCAUCUGAAAUCGAUAUCACCAAGACUCAAGAACUUGAGAAGUUUCUGUCAGGUGUUGGACUGUAUGAAUGUCCUGCAGAGGCUGUGUCCAGGGAAGAAGUGCUCGGUAGACUUGACCAGAUUGUGAAGACGUGGGUGAAAAAGGUGACUAGAAACAGGGGUUACAAUGAUCAGUUGGUCCAAGAAGCUAAUGCCAAGAUAUAUACAUUUGGUUCUUAUCGUCUAGGGGUGCACGGCCCUGGUGCAGAUAUAGAUACACUAUGUAUUGGUCCUAAGCAUGCAACAAGAGAAGAAGAUUUUUUUGUGGAACUGUAUGGGAUGCUUACUGAGAUGCCGGAAGUCUCAGAGUUGCAUCCCGUGCCUGAUGCUCAUGUACCUGUGAUGAAAUUCAAAUUUUGUGGGGUGUCCAUAGAUCUUCUAUAUGCGAAGCUGUCACUUCCCAUCAUUCCCGAAGACCUGGAUAUUUCACAGGACGCAAUAUUGCAGAAUGUAGAUGACCAGACAGUUCGCAGUCUCAAUGGAUGUAGAGUUACUGACAAAAUACUGCAUUUGGUGCCAAACGUUCAGAACUUUCGUACAACCUUGCGAUGCAUGAGGUUUUGGGCAAAGCGUCGUGGAGUUUAUUCUAACGUUGCAGGGUUUCUUGGUGGUAUAAACUGGGCAUUGCUUGUUGCACGUAUAUGCCAACUAUAUCCUAAUGCAUUGCCUAGUAUGUUGGUUUCUCGGUUCUUUAGGGUUUAUACCCAGUGGCGAUGGCCAAAUCCAGUUAUGCUGUGUGCUAUUGAGGAAGGAUCUCUUCCCAUCUGGGAUCCUAGAAGAAAUCACCGAGAUAGGCUACAUCAGAUGCCCAUUAUCACUCCUGCUUACCCUUGCAUGAAUUCUAGCUAUAAUGUUUCUUCGAGUACAUUGCGUGUUAUGACUGAAGAGUUCCAGAGGGGACAUGAAAUUUGCGAGGCAAUGGAGUUGAAUAAGGCCGAUUGGAAUAAUCUUUUUGAACAGUACCCUUUCUUUGAUGCAUAUAAGAAUUAUCUGCAAAUUGAAAUUAGCGCAGAAAACGAUGAUGACUUACGGAAUUGGAAAGGCUGGGUAGAGUCUCGGCUACGCCAGCUUACUCUGAAGAUUGAGAGGCACACUUUUGGAAUGCUUCAAUGUCAUCCGCAUCCUGGUGAUUUCUCUGACACAUCCAAGCGAUGCCAUUGCUGUUACUUCAUGGGUCUGCAACGCAAUCAAGGGGUUCCUGUACAUGAAGGUGAACAAUUUGAUAUAAGGGCAACUGUCGAGGAAUUCAAACUCUCUGUCGGCAUGUACACUUUGUGGAAGCCCGGGAUGGAGAUUUAUGUGUCUCAUAUUAGGCGCAGAAACAUUCCCUCCUUUGUAUUUCCAGGUGGAGUUCGGCCUUCACGUUCUCCUAAAGUAGCUGGUGAAGGUAGGCCAGUAUCAAACAAGAGGGUCAGUAAUUCUGCAAAGGCAGAGAAAUCAUCUGAAAGCAAUGUAGAAGUUGAUGCAGUGGAAAAGGGAAGGAAGAGGAGACGAGAUGAUGAUGAGAGUGCUACCAAUAUUAAGUCUUUGCCUUCAAUUGGUGCUGCUGCUAAUGGUAGAAUACUCGAGGAUUCUGGAGAUUGUAGUGCAUCGUUUACAAGGCCCAGUGGCAGUAUUACUACUACUACUUCCACUGCUAUGUCAGUUGGGAAUAUGGUUGAUGCACUAAUAUUACAAGAUGGAGCCAUAAAGACGGAGCAAGUUGAAUAUAUUAAUGAAGAGGCAAAUCCUCUUCUUUCGGAGGUUCCUUCAUUAAGUGAAAAUAGUGGAUCUACAGUAAGCCUUUUGCCCAUUAGCAGAACUUUAUCUGCGGACGCUGCUUCGUUCUGCUCUAAAGAGGCAGGGCAAUGUGCAACUGAUUAUAUUUCUGGUCCAUCUGCUGGUCGCGAAGUUUUUUCGGAACUUAAUGAGCUUGAAGAUGAAAGUGGGUUGGUACAAGACAAUGGGGGCAACACUAUGGAAGGCAGUUUUGCGGAGUCCUCGACAGUGAAGCAGAUAGCUUUAUUGGCAACAAAUGGAGCUGGCUCGUCAUCAUCUAUUGGUCGUUUUCAAAACGGGGGUUUAGAAGAGCUUGAGCCUGCUGAGCUUACUGGGUCAUUCUGUAAUGGCCAUGCUGCGUCUAAUCCAUCCACCACCCAGAGGAAGCCGCUUAUCCGGUUGAACUUGACUUCUUUGGUUAAAGCUACUGGCGAGGGUACCUAAUUUUUUCCGGCUCCCGCAGGGGAAAGAAUCCAGGAAAGGGUGUUUUCAUUUUGGCCAUGUAAUGCUGGUACUUUUUCUACAUUAGUUACUAUGUGCUUCCCUACUGCAAAUAGCUGGUGGCACAGGGAAUAAAAUUUGUGGAUUAGUUGUAUAAAACUUACAAAAUGAUAAAAAGAGUAAAAAUUAAUAAUUAUGAAGUUUCUAUUGUAAUAUCAAUGUCGCGGAAAAUGCAUUGUACUGAUUUUA